GGGCACCUGUGUAUUAGGUUGUUGUGCUGGCUAUUUUUCCUUUUGUUUUUCCCUUUAUAAUAUAAAUGACACAAUUCUGUCUUCCUGCAGUCGCCACUAGGGGCACCAUAGGAUCUCGCUGAUGUAUUAUUGAAUCCUAUGAGAGCUGUAUAAAGAGAGUGCACUGAGCUCCCUCUAUGAUGUGUGGUCAGCUGACUACUCACGUGAUCCGCCCCUGUGUUUACUAAAAGCUCGCUGCCUUAUAUAAUCACGUGUCGCGGAAGUAGGUCACGUGACGUAGGCGGCAGAAAAAAAAAAAAAAAAAAAAAAAGUGUCGCGGUUGCACGUUCCACUGGGCACGGUGCAGUUUCCAGCCGUGAACGGAGAUGGAGGCCAGCCUGACGUGCGCCGUGUGUCUGGGAGUUUUUCGGGAGCCGGUGACGCUUCCUCGCUGUUCCCAUAACUUCUGUAAGAGCUGUGUGCUCGAGUGCGCCACCCCGCACAUGUGGACGGUAGUGCAGCCCAGGAACGGCCAGUAUGGCACCGUGUCCUGCCCGCUAUGCCGCAAAGUCAGCACCCUUGCCGGUGGCCUGGCGGCUCUGCCCGUCAACACCACGCUGGCGGAGAUCGUCCGACUGUUACCGCAGACCGGAAGAGCCAAAGAGGGACCGAGUGCGGGCGCCACCGGCGGGGAUGCGGAGCCUGUGCACAACGGCUCGGGGAAGAAUUCGUGCGCUGAGCACCCGGAGUACAGACUGGAGCUCUUCUGUAAGAACUGUGAGCAGGCGUGCUGCGGCAAGUGUGUGUCCCUCCGCCACCAGGGCAUCUUCCAUAACGUCAACCUGCUGGACAUGAUCUACCAGGAAGAGAAGCUUGUGUUUUUCAAUGGUUUGAAAACCCUGCGGGAAAUACAUGAAAGACUUACUAAGGAGAUGUCUGAUAAUGAGAAGAAUGCUGAAUCCAUUCUAAAAGCCAAUGAAGAUGCAGUUACAUUUGCUCUUGGUGAGGUGCAGAAAGCUUUGGAUGUGAAGAAGCAACAACUUCUGGACUUGGUUAAACAGCAGCAAAGUGCAGCUAUGAAGCGCAAUGAAGUACGGAAAGUAACAAAAGCUCAUCACAAAACUACAGUUGAAAGUCUCCUAAAGGAUUGUGAAAAACUUGUAGAUGACUAUGAACCAAAAAGCUUCCUUCAGGUUGCUUGUGGCCUAAAUAAAAGGAUGAAGUCUAACCUUGAACUUAUGGAGUUCUGUUCUGAUCGCAGUGAAGACAUGUUUAAAAUUGAACCACAGUGUGUAGAUGUGAAGGCUGUACUAGAUGCAGUUUCUGCGCUUGCGAUUACAAGCAGUUUCAAGGAUGUGAGUAAGCAAAAUGGAAGCUUUUCUUUUAAAUCCAGAUCCAGAACUUGGAAUGAUGGAAUGACCACUAAUGAGAAGUAUUGUCCUGUUCAGGAUGAGGAGCUGAUUUAUCUUCAAGGCCAGAUGCAAAGAAUGACCAUACGCUUUGUAUGUAUAUCAAAGAUGCCAGAGUAUCAGCACUUGAGCUAUGAGGAACUUCGUCUGAAAUAUUAUGAGCCAUCUGUUGUACAAGAAAAAGAGGCUGUUUCUACUUCUGAACGACAAAGGCCUUUUUUUUGCAAUAAUAACGGUGUAAACUUCAAGAUUCCUUUAAGUGGUGUAAAGCCCACAAAACUAAAAAGACAAGAUGCAUUUGACUGGGAACGUACAGCUUAUGGUAAAGCUGUAUUCAAAGGAAAAUCCACAAAAACAGACCUUGGGAGAAUGGAGCAAAAGGACAGUUUUUUCACAUGUGCACUCAGAAAAGAUGAUCCAGUCAAGGUUGGGCCUUUUGCCAGCUCGCUCUUAGGAGAACUGCCCUCUAAAGUGGAGACAUCACCUAAAAUUACCAAUGAUAUGGACAACACAGGCUUGUUUCCAAAUUUCUGCCUGGGGAAAUCAGAAAAUGCAACUAUAAAGAAGUCAAGUAGGAACGAGAAAUCUUGUAAAAAGAUGAAGUCCACGUCAUGCUUGCCAAAGUUUUUAAGUGCCGGAUCGGCUGCAAGUGUUGGUAAUGUGGAAGAGACCAUGUCUGUCAGUUCUGCCUCCUCCGAAGAAUUUUAUGAUGCAAACAUUAAUAUAGAUCCAGACUUGGAGCAGCCCUGUGGCCUGCGGAGCACUAUCCAUAACUCUACUGACAGUGAUAAAUCAUCGACUUUACAAGGGAGUCCGCAUUAAUGUUGUUCAUGUAUUGAUGUCCCAUAUUACAGUUCAUUAAAGUGUACCUCCUGUCUUGACAUGGCAUAAAAUAUUUGUCUAGGUGCUGGCACCCUGAUAUAUUACUAGAUUAAAUAAGAUGUGCACAUAGGCUUUUAAGGGCUUAUCCAGGGUUAAAUAAAACAUAGCUGCUUUCUUCCAAAAACGGCACCACACUUGCCCAAUGGAUUGAGCUGCAAUACCAGACACAAACUUAGUACAAGAGUGGUGCUGUUUCUGAGUAGCUUUUUUUUUUUUUAAAGCCCUUGAUAACUCCUUUCUAAACACUGAGCCAACAAAAAUGUAAAUGUUUACUGCACUUCAGUAAGCUUGAAUGGGUCUCCAGUAUUGGACACCCCUGGAUUCUUAACCUCUUAAAGGGUACCUCUCAUCAAAUAAACUUUUGAUAUAUUUUAGAUUAAUGAAUGUUGAAUAACUUUCCAAUAGCAUGUUAAUGAAAAAUAUGCUUCUUUCUAUUGUAUUUUUCCCGAUCAGUCCUGUCAGCAAGCAUUUCUGACUCAUGCUGGAGUCCUAAACACUCAGAGCUGCCAGCCUGUUUUGUUCACAGCCAAACAGGCUGUGAACAAAGCAGGUUGGCAGCUCUGAGUGUUCUCCUUUGUGAACAAAGCAGACUGGCAGCUCGUAGUGUUUAGGACUCCAACAUGAGUCUGAAAUGCUUGCUGCUAGGACUGGUAGGGAGACCCCUAGUGGUCAUUUCUUCAAAGUGGAAAAUUAAGUAGAAAGAAGCAUAUUUUUUUAAUAACAUGCAAUUGUAAAGUUAUUCUGCAUACAUUAAUCUAUAAUAUAUCAAAAGUUUUUUUGAUGAGAGGUACCCUUUAAAGACUCAGGGCGUACCUGUACGCCCUGAGCUCAGUCCCGGUGUGAAAAAUGGGGUCACACAGUGACCCCGCAUCACACCGGGUCGGUCCCGGCUGCUAAUCAUAGCCUGGACCCUGGGCUAACAGCGCUCGGCAUCGAUCGUUGUGCCGCGCGCUGUUAACCCUUCAGACGCGGCGAUCAAAGUUGACCGCCGUAUCUCAAAAAUGAAAGUAAACUCUUCCCGGCAGCUCAGUCGGGCUGAUCGGUACAUCGAUAAAAUCGCGAUGUUCCGAUCAGCUGGGAUGCAGGCGGAGGUCUCCUUAUCUCUCUCCGCUGUGUCCGAUCGUCGAUUGAUUGCUCCAAGCCUGAGCUACAGGUUUGAGCAAUCGAGCCUCUAUCUGACUGAUCCGUGCAAAGCUAUGGCUUUGCAGGGAUCAGCAUAGAUCAGUGUGUGCAGUGUUAUAGGUCCCUAUGGGAGCUAUAGCACUGCAAAAAAAAGUGGAAAAAAAAAAGUUAACAAAGGUCAUUUAACCCCUUCCCUAAUAAGUUUGAAUCACCCCCCUUUUCCCAUAUAAAAAAAAACUGCAAAUAAAAAUAAACAUAUGUGGUAUCGCCACGUGUGAAAAUGUCCGAACUAUAAAAAAUAUAUUGUUAAUUAAAUCGCACGGUCAAUGGCGUGCGCGCAAAAAAAUUCCAAAGUACGAAAUAGUGUAUUUUUGGUCACUUUUUCGAUCAUGAAUAAAAAGCGAUCAAAAAGUCAGAUCAAUACAAAAAUGGUACCGAUAAAAACUUCAGUACACGGCGCAAAAAAUGAGUCCUUAUACCGGCCCAUAUGCGGAAAAAUUAAAGGGUUGUAGGGGUUAGAAGAUGAGAAUUUUUAACAUAUAAAUUUUCCUGCAUGUAGUUAUGAUUUUUCUCCGAAGUACGACAAUAUCCAACCUAUAUAAGUAGGGUAUCAUUUUAACCGUAUGGACUUACAGAAUAAAGAUAAGGUGUAAUUUUUACCGAAAAAUGCUCUGCGUACAAACGGAAGCCCCCAAAAGUUACAAAAUGAAAUUUAUUUUUUUUCUUCAAUUUUGUCGCACAAUGAUUUUCGCCGUGGAUUUUUUUGUAAAAUGACUAAUGUAACUGCAAAGUAGAAUUGGUGGCGCAAAAACCCUACUCCCAAUGACUUCCGUGGGAGGCAGGGAACUGUGUAGGAAAGAAGUGGAAGUCCUUUUUUCUGUACAGUGUUCUGCUGCAGAUGCCAUUAAAAACAAUGAGAGCUUCAGGGCUAGAACUGCACUCGAGUCCAGAUUAUGACUGUUGAACUAAAGGUGGUGUGGUCUUGGGCAUGAAAAAAAAUCACACACGGUGUAAAUAAACACUUUUUUUGUGUAUGCAUGUUAUACCCAAAAUUGUGUAAUUGGGAGGUAUUAUAAGUACUGCUAUAUUAAGUACAGUUAUAAAUAUAUGCCCAGUUAUAAAUUUGAGCCCAAACUUAUAACAUGACCUGUGCAGUUUCUUCAUUGUAAUACUACAAAUAGAACCGUCAAUGUGUGCACGGUUGUGGCUGGUAUUGCAGCUUGAGAUGCCAUUAUUGCAGUAAAGGUGCCUCUUUUGUCCUGCUAAAUGCUGGGUCUCCCAGAAGUUUGGCCCCCAUCAACUGGACACUUAUAGUCUUUUCAAAGAACAAGUUAUCAAUGUUAAAUCCUAAUAAAAAAAAUAAAAA